AUGAGUACAAGCAGGGGAAGCGGCGCCGGCAAUGGUGGCGCGGUACAACCCAUCCCAGCGGGGUCGCGGAAGGUUGUUCAGAGCUUGAAGGAGAUAGUUAACUGCCCCGAGGCGGAGAUUUAUGCGGCUCUCAAGGAAUGUAACAUGGACCCAAAUGAGGCUGUCAAUCGUCUGCUCUCUCAAGAUCCUUUCCAUGAGGUGAAGAGCAAACGCGAAAAGAAAAAAGAGGGUAAAGAUCAGACAGAGUCCAGGUCUCGUGGUGCUAAUAGUAGUUCCAAUCGAGGUAGUAAGACUGGUGCAGAUCGUCAAUAUGGGCGCGGUUCUUCAGCACAGUAUUAUACUUCUGACUCUUCAUUGUUUGGGAAGACGACAUACAAGAAAGAAAAUGGAUCUGGUCCUUAUUCGAGUUCGUUAUCUUCAGUACAUGGUGGGUCAGGGAAUAGUAAAAGCAGAGGACCUCCAGGCCACAGUGAUGAUGCCUAUGCUGAAAGCAAAGGAUCCUUUCAGGGGACAGCUGAUGUAUGGCCGCCUGUUUCACAGCCAGCCUGGGUGGGUACUCCUGGUCAGGUGUCUAUGGCCGACAUUGUGAGGAUGGGCAGACCAAACAAAAAAGGAUCAAAUGCUCCAACUGAAUUGCAUCACAAUAUUCAGGAUCCUUUUGUAAAUGAAUCACUUCAUAAGGAUCAUGCUUCCAAAGUAAAUCAAGCCGAAGUUCCAUCGGUUCAGCAUGUUGCCACCAGUGAUGAUUGGUCUUCCAUCGAGAAGCCAGCUGCUCCAAGUGUGAUACCAUUUUCAGAACAUCCUGUUGACACUGAGUUGCAUCCUGAAGCAUCCAUAGUAUCAUAUGACAAUGCUAACUAUGAAGCUGAGGAGGUUCAAGAAGAGGAAGAUGAUGAUAACUUUGAGAGUUCUGGAGGAAAUGAUGAUGGUUCUGUUUCUAUAUCCCGUAGAAGAAUGAUUCCAGAAGAUGUUUCAAGAGGUGCAUCACAGUUCGAUAAUGAGUUGUAUAAAAACAUGGGAACAUACGAAUCUGAGGCUCAUGAUUUCGAACGUCAUGAAGUUGACGAAGUUGGUUCUUCAGUUAUAUCCGUCACCCGAAACUUGCGACAAUUAAGUGUGAACAAGGAUGAUGGAGGGUUUCCUUCUGAGGCGAAUGCACCUUCUGUUGUAAUUCCAGAGCACUUGCAAGUUCAUACUGCUGACUGCUCCCAGUUGACCUUUGGUAGUUUUGGAUCUGCUAUGAAUGAUGCAUAUUCUUCUGGGACUACAACUUCUUUUCUUGAGAAACCUAAUCUGGAAGAGGCACAAAAGGAGACUGAAGAAUCAACCCGGGGGCAGCCUGAAACAAGACAUUCCGAGUAUUAUGUUGACGACUCUCUAAGAAGUACUCCAGAUGAUAGUUUGUUGCAUAGAAAUAGUGCUACUGUUGGGAACUACGAUGCAUCUUCUGCUCCACAGCCGGAAGAGUUGAGACCUGAGAGUGCUGAUGUGGCGCAUGGAAAUCAGUACCCUUUUCCUUCUUCGGACUCGGGUUAUUCCUUUGACGAUGCACAACGUUUAAAUGCUGCUUUCAAUCAGACAAGUUCCCAGAUGCAAAGUCCAGCUCCCUUUUCAAAUGUUAUGCCGCAUGCAUAUUCUAAUUCACUACCAAGCACUUUGUUGGCCGCAAAUGUCCAGCCGAUCAGAGAAUCAGAUCUUCAGUACCCAUUUUCUUUGACUCAAUCUUUGACCGCUAAGUAUGUGAAUUCUGUCUCCUCCAUUGGUGCUUCAGCAACCUCUAUAUCCGAGGAUUUGAAGACCGCUGGGUUACAUUCUACUCAGCCCAACAUUGCCACCGGGCCUCCGCUCCCACAACACCUUGCCGCUGUCCAUCCCUAUUCCCAGCCCACUCUUCCUAUUGGGCCAUUUGCCAAUAUGAUUGGCUACCCUUUCUUGCCCCAAAGUUACACGUACGUGCCUUCGGCUUUUCAGCAGUCGUUUCCCGGCAGCAGUAAUUACCAUCAGUCCUUGGCGGCAGUUCUUCCUCAGUAUAAAAGUAGUGUUUCGGCUAGUAACUUGCCUGCUUCUGGAUACGGUGGUUUCGGCAAUAACUCGACCAUUCCUGGGAAUUACUCGUCUGGAACAAGUUUGAGUUAUGAUGAAGUCUUGAGUUCUCAGUAUAAAGAUAAUAGUAGUCACUUGCUCUCCCUUCAGCAGAAAGAAAACUCGGCAAUGUGGCUUCAUGGAAAUUCAAGAACAGUGCCAGCUGUCCCGGGCAGCACGUACUACAAUUACCAGACACAAAAUCAGCAGCUUGGCGGGUUCAGGCAAGUCCAGCAGCAGUCACAGAGUUACGGUCCCUCAGGUUACCCGAACUUUUACCAAACUCAGGCUGGGAUUUCUUUGGACCAGCAGCAGCAAAACCCUCGGGAUUUGUCACUUGGAGGCUCCCAAGAACACCCCAAACAGUCCCAGAUUUGGCCGAACAACUACUGA